CAGGUAUAUAAAGCCUGUAAAAGAAUCGUUGGAAUCUAUUCAGAGAGUAGUGAGGGAGGAAGGAAGGACAGAAGGAAAGAGAGAGUUAGGAGGUUUUUGUGUUGGGCUGUGGCUGAGAUAGUUAUUAACCCGUGAAGGAAGAGAAUGCUUCGGUGUCUGGAGAUCUGAAGUAGUUGACCACUGGCAGGGUCCGAGCACUGGUGGUACUUUGGCUUGUAUUGGUUUGAGGGGUCACAAUCGAUUCAGCCAUCAGCCCGGAAGCCGAGUAAAGUAUGAAUUUGACUAAAUGGAACUCCAAAAGUACUUUAUGUUGGGAUGCAGUUGUCUUCGUGCACUGUCUGAUUGCUGUUGCGUUGCUUAUUGAAAAUGUUGCUACUCUAGUAGUACAUCAAGUGACACAGACCUCUAAUAGUUUAGAAGAAGGACUAGAUAAUACUGCCUUUUGGUGGGGUGAAUGGGCCAAGUGGACAGGAUGCACCCGGACUUGCGGAGGAGGCAUCAAAACACAAGAAAGACACUGCCUGCAACAAAGCAGAAGACUUGCAGUGGAGGGAGCUGAUAACCAGACUUGUACAGGUACUUCUAAAAGAUAUCAGCUCUGCAAUAUACAGGAGUGCCCAGCUAAUGGGAGAAGCUUUCGUGAUGAGCAGUGUUCAUCUUUUAACUCCCGGGUUUAUAAUGGAAGGACUUACAAAUGGACACCGUUAUAUCCAGAUGAUUAUGUGCACAUUUCAAGUAAGCCUUGUGAUCUUCAGUGUACUACUGCAGAUGGACAGAGACAGCUAAUGGUCCCAGCACGAGAUGGAACAUCUUGUAAAUACAGGGAAUACAGAGGUGUCUGUGUAGCUGGCAGAUGUGAGCCCAUUGGAUGUGAUGGGGUGCUCUUUUCCACCCAGACCCUCGACAAAUGUGGUGUCUGCCAGGGCAAUGGGAGCAGCUGCAUCCGAGUUACUGGCAACUACAGGAAAGGAGCAUCAUAUCUAGGUUAUUCUCUGAUAACCCACAUCCCAGUUGGUGCAACAGAUAUCCAAAUAAUUGAAAGAAAGAAAUCAGAUGAUGUUUUGGCUGUUGCAGAUGAAUCUGGAAAUUUCUUUGUGAAUGGCAAUUUAAAAGUGGAAGGUCCAAGAAACUUUCACCUUGCGGGCACCAUUUUUAAAUAUAGGAGACCAAUGGAUGUGUAUGAAACUGGUAUUGAAUACAUUGUGGCUCAAGGACCAACUGAUCUGGGAGUUAAUAUUCUGUUACUUAUUCAAAGUGGCAAGAGUCCUUACAUUACCUAUGAGUAUACAGUGCCACGGAUUGUACACUUCAAACAACUUCGACCUUCCUUUGGUUCGUUUUACUACAUGCCUGGAUCAGAUUCUCAAGGCAUAGAAUUUGAUGAUGAGCGCCUUGAUGUGAAUUAUGACUUGGAUAGUGAAGAUAAUAUGGCUAAUUUUCAUACUAAUGCAAGUUAUAACGAGAGACUUACAAAGAAAAUUUCAGGAAGAGGAAACGAGAUGUUACAAACAAUGAACAAUCUGGCUGGAUUUGAUGUGAGCAACACAGUUUAUGAUGAAACAGCUCGUCAGCUUGAAUCGGAAGAUGAGAACAUGCAUCAAAACAAAGGGCUCAUCGACUUCAGUGCAAAUAUGACUGAAAACUCAAGAGGAGGUCCACUGUACUCUUCAGAGUCCAAUUCUGCUGGUUUCCUGGUAUAUUACGGAGAAAAUGAAAAUAUGGGGAGCUACAAAGUUAAUGAUACCCCCCUGGAACUGACCUUCAAUAUGUCUGCAGAGAUUCCAUUCUCCAAUGAAACACUUCUGCAGAUUAUUCAUCAAGCAAACAGAACACAGAAAUUGCGAAAUAGACUGAAAAUGCUGAGAAAGGGCCUGGGAGUGAGUGCCGCUGACAUGUACAGAUGGAAGUUGUCAUCUCAUGAACCUUGUAGUUCCACCUGCACAACAGGAGUAUCUACUUCUUAUGCAUUGUGUGUUCGUUAUGAUGGCAUUGAAGUUGAUGAUUCAUAUUGUGAUUCUGUGACUCGACCAGAGCCAGUUCAUGAAUUUUGUGUAGGGAGAGAAUGUCAACCGAGAUGGGAGACGAGCAGUUGGAGUGAAUGCUCACGUACCUGUGGAGAAGGACACCAAUUCAGAAUAGUCCGCUGUUGGAAGAUUCUCUCUGCGGGGUUUGACAGCUCAGUGUACAAUGAAAUGUGUGAAUCUGCUGAUCUCUCCAAGCCAUCUGAACGUAAAACCUGCAAAAAUCCAUCUUGUGGCCCACAGUGGGAGAUGUCGGAGUGGUCAGAGUGUACCGCAAAGUGUGCAGAACGGGUUACUGUGACCAGAGAAGUAAGAUGCUCAAAGGAAGAGUGGUUGUGUGAUGAGAAAACAAAGCCACCAUCUCAGAAAGAUUGUGUUGGACCCCCUUGUGAUCGACAGUGGACUGUGUCAGACUGGGGCCCAUGCUCAGGGCCUUGUGGGCAGGGAAGAAUGAUAAGACAUGUGUACUGCAAGAACUCAGAAGGAAGGGUAAUGCCUGAAUCCCAAUGUAAACCUCAAUCAAAACCCCAUGGCAUACAUCCUUGUGGAGCCAAAGAUUGCCCACCUCAUUGGCUGGCCCAGGAUUGGGAACGAUGCAAUACAACGUGUGGCAGAGGAAUAAAAAGGAGAGUUGUUCUAUGUGUGGGAAUAGUAAAUGGAAAGGUUAAAAUUUCCAAUCCUGAGGAAUGUGAUACCACUCAGAAGUUGAUUGAAGAAACGACGUGCUUUGAGCGUCCAUGUUUCAAAUGGUUUACCACUUCAUGGUCUGAGUGCACUAAGACCUGUGGAGUUGGAGUAAGAAUGAGAGAUGUGAAAUGUUAUCAGGGAAAAGAAAUUGUCCGAGGAUGUGAUCCACUCUUGAAGCCUGUUGCAAAGCAAAGCUGUGAACUCCAGGCCUGUCCCACCCAGCCACCAGAUGACAGUUGUCAAGAUCAACUUGGGACUAAUUGUGUACUGGCAAUUAAAGUCAAUCUGUGUUCCCACUGGUAUUACAGCAAAGCAUGCUGCAGAUCCUGUAGAACUGCUGAUUCAUAGUACAGAUUGGCAGAAUCACUGCUCCUCCCAACAUGUGAAUAAAAGAAUGAUGUGAAACUGAUGGAAUUAGUUUUACUGCAAGAAUUGAGUGGCACCUUCCCUCAGAACCGUGUGUGUUAUUGGUAGCCCGUCAAGUUGGGCGAAGAAAUACUAUGCUGCAAAGCCGUCAGGUUCCCUGGACGUUCAAGUGUUGCAUGCUGUCCUGUAUAGCAUUCUGCCCAUCACUGUAUGGCAGAGCCAUUGUACUCUAUUUCAGUUAUUCACUUAUAAAUUAUUUUAUUACCAUGGCAUCACAUCUAAUGCUACGGAACAUGGAGACAUGGUUGAAUGAAUAUUAACUCUGCAAAUUAUCAUGCAAGGCCAUUUAGUGCAAUAAUAAUAUCAUCAGUUUAAUGUACUUCUAUAUUACAUGCAAAUGCUCAAUUAGAUAAUAUUUAAAUUUUGGUAUGUUCUUACAAUGAUUAUAUUUUUAAUACACUAAUUUCCAAUACUUUUCCAUAUAAUGGAGACCCAGGGAGUAUGGCUGUCAGUAACAUGAUCAUUAUAUCAAAUAUCAAAACUGCCUGUAACUCUAGGACUUAUUUACACAGUUCGUUGCCUCUUCCUCAAUCAGUUCAAUCCUUUUGCUACCUGUUGCAUUAGCCUCUCUGUCUGUUUUUGGUCCAUCUUCUUCCCUGAGAGGACAUCUAAAAAUAGUGGGCAAGGCUGAUUCCAGAAUUCUAGCACCAUCACAACACAUGUAUAUUCCACACCAUUUCCAACAAUCAUUACUGGCAUGGGGUAAGGGUACAAAUAGCCAGCCUAAAUACGGUACAUCAGUCUUCACCAGCUUCAUUGUGGGGAUGGACACUUCAAACUCCACCCACUAAACUCCACAAUUUUGGUGGAGCUAGGCCCCUUCUCUAAGUCAGUAUGGUUCACAGCCUGUCAGAAGAGUCAUAAACUAUGGUAGAUCCUAACUUUAGGCAUCAACCAAAAAAUACAGCCAUUCAACAUUCCCAUGAAUUGCAUUGACCCUCUUACUUUCUCAUACAGCUAUCAAUCAAUCGCGGCCAUUUAAAGUAACAAGGCUAGAAAUGUAUCUCCAUUCAACACUACUUAAUCUUGUGUAAAUAAGCACACAGACAAUGAGUGAAAAGACUUCAAAAACAAUAGGUUAUUAUAAGAUAGUAGAAAUGUUGAUCAAACAUAGCUUUUCCUCACGUCUGCAGUUGCCUAACUGUUCCUUACUGGCAUCUAAAUGGAUUAGCCACGCAUAUGUAAUGAUGCCCUCUGUUCAGUCUGUUUUUGUUGCUAUAGUUGCCAGAUGGUCUCAUUACAAAUGCCUGGCCAUGCUCCAGAAUUACAUCUUUAAGAGAUUGUAAAUUAUGCAUUUUUCUUCCCCAAGGAAUCUUCUCAAAGCCUGUCCAUUGUGUGAUUUUUCAGGAACAUUUCAAACACUUGUCAAUACUUCAUUGGUUCUAUAUAUAGUGGAUAUUAGGAGAAUGGGUAUAGAGGAUGCCCAUGAGGACAUGGAAGGGGUAAGGAAGGGGGCAUGGGCAAUAUGAGAGGGCAUGGAGUUAGCAAGGGAUAGACAUUCAUCAGCAUCUGCAGGUUUUUUUUCAUUUUUAUUUCAACAUUCAUCAUUUCAACUAGGCAGAUGUCCUAGUAAAUGCAGGUGGACAUUCCAGUCUGGUAGCUACACCAUUCAUCCACCUCUGUUGCCAUCGAAAGCUUGCUUCAGGAGGUGGCUGUCCAUCUCCAACUUGCUGUGCCUCCCAGAACAAAAUUAUGAUAGGUGAGGACCUCCUUAAAGUGAUAGACUUGUUUGGAACUGUGCCAACUCCGAUUACCAAUCUCCCUCACAAGAGUUAGAUGUUUAGUCUCUGGGAUACCAGUUAGUCCAAUAUUUUGCAUUCUUCCUAGGCUCCUUAAAUCCAAACAUUGCCUUCUCAGUGAGUUUGCGGCUCAAUCCAGCACAAUACACCAGCUACGUGUUGUGGCAUCACCUCACAUUUCAGCAACUCAUGAAAUAAUACUGCUUGAAGAUAUUCUCAGCUCUGAUUUUUCUGAACUUUCCAUGAAGAGAAAUGACAGGGAGCAGUUUGGGUGGAUAAUUGUUUCAGUCAAUAUCAGUAAUUACAUUUGUUUACUGUUCCAUGGUUAAAUUGUUCCAAAGAUGAUAUCAUAACCAUUUUUGUAUAGGUUAAAUAUUUGGCACAUAAAACAGCCAGUAACUUUCUCCAUGCUGGUUAAUUAAGGCACUUUUGGGGUUUAGUUUUACAAAUGGAGGUUGUUGAUAGUAGAAAUCUGUGCCCAGUAAAAUUUGAUCAAAAAUUUAAAAACUCCUAUUCUCCAGUACUCUUGAAUUAUUGAGAGUUUCAAUUUCUGGAGGAAAUUUGCUCACAGAAAGGACAUCGUUUGGAGCCAAUUGAAACCAACUUCAUUCACCUACCUGAAAAUAACCAGGAGCUAUUAUGCUCAGUCGUAGCCAAGCUAAAAGUAUCCAGGAACCUCCCACCAACAAGAUUUGCUGACUAGCUGCCAAUGGUAAUUGUUAAACAUCUAUAUCUCCCGCCCUAAUUGUACAACCCUGCUAAUUAUUCUGCUAAAGCCUAUUGUUCAUGAUUGUUCUGUGAUAUCCCUUCCCAUGAUAUGAUCAUGGAUAAACAUUCAAAAUAAUGAAAAGAUCCUGGUGUGUUGUCUGAAUGUUUUUGGUUGUCUCAAAUAAUCCUAGUGACUGUUGUUUUAUCUAUAAAUUGUGUUAAAAUUCUGAAUCUUUUAAAGAGAAAAUAAUAUUCUUAAUUAAAAAUCUUGUACAGCUAUGUCAGAAAUUGUCUUAUUGCUGAAAACAUGCUUUAAUGUAAUAUUUAAUAACACGAUAUUUAAUUCAUCAUUAUUAAUGAUUGUUAUGAAGAUGCUUCGUAUUUAUGAUUUUUGUGAUCUUGAGAUUGAAGGUAUGGGGAGACCUGGACUUUUCUUAAUAGGUCAAUGAAAAGAAUUUUUUUAAAAAUGCAUUUCCUGAAAGGCAGAUGUCUUGUGAUAAGUACUUGUUUACUCCAGAGCCCCUGUCUGGGUUUAGGACUGUCCGGUUACAGCUUCUGAUUUGGAAAGUGUUUAGAUUUUUCAGUUAGUGGCCAGCCAGCCUGGGAAAGAAAAGAGCUUCCUAGCUGUUUCUGAAAAAGCCCUUGUUGUGGGUACAGUGUGGUGCUGGAUCCCUGGUCCAGUCUAAGCUGUGAUUUCCCUCCUAAAAUGCACACCGAAGAAUCCUUGACACUGUUUUCUUCCCAAGCAAACGUUUGGCUCCGAUUCCUAAGAUAUCUGCUUUGUGUUUGGUGAAAUGCAUGUUUGUGAGCCAGACUGUCAGACUGAUAGUUGUUUAAAAUUUCCGUACAGUAUCCUUUAUUUAAGUCUUCAAUGACUAAGACUUAUUGGCCAAAAGUGUUUUUUUUCCCCAGAGCGAAUCUUUGUAGAGAAGUGUGCUUGGUUGUGCGUCUUGGAUUAUUUAAAGGGAUAAAUAUUUAUAUUUUCAUACCACCAUAUGAUCAGCUAUGUAUGGUUAUCAGUUUUGCAUUGUCAUUUAAAUGUUUUGUUUAUAAUAAAAUCACUCAUUUUGUGUUUAUUAAAGGAACCUGGUUGAUGAAUCUUUUUAAUUAAUUUAUAACAUAGAGAAAGCAUGCAAUUGGCGUAUCAGGAACGAGAUAAAACAAUUAAAUAUAUGUUGGGACUAGAAAAAGACAAAGCACUUUCCGACCUUGGUCAUAAUAUAAAAGGAAGGAAUCAUGGAGGGAUAUCCAGUGCUAACGUUUAAUUGGGAAAUAGGGUGAUAUUAAUUGUAAAAUGAUAAAAAGAAAGACACCAGGUUUCUUGUUCAUUAAUCUCAAUGGCUUUGGUAGUUGCUAAGACUUUUCAGGAACAUGUAUCACUGAGUGCUUGGAAAAAGUAAUCAAGGCUAAGUUAAUAGAAUCGCUGGACAUAUUGAAGUUACAGGUAAAAGCAGAAGCUGCAACCUGACAGUCAUAAAUUCAGGCAGCGGGGUCUGUGGGUCUGCAGUAAAUAAGCAGUUAUCAUAAGACAUGUGACAGUCAAGGAAUGUCUUGUUUUAAAAAGGUUCCACUGUCCAGGCAUUGAACUCUUUUUAAAAAAAUACAGGUAUCCAUAACCUUCUAAAGUUAACUGCACAAAAAUUAUUACGCAUGAAGCACCUUCAGAACACUCCCACCCAGGAGAACAAAAUGGAAAAUUUGGUAGAUUGGCUUCUUUUUCUCCCGGCCUCAUUUUAUGGGUUAAAAUAUGCCCAGUAAAAUUAUUGCAUUUUAAUCUAGUACAAAGUAUUCAUUCUGCUCUCAUGGAGUUGGGGAAACUAGGAAAAAGAAUAUUGAAGUAAUCUAUGUAAAACCAGAUCUUUAUGAAAAAUGAUAAUAAAUAAGUUUGUCUUUUAAACAAAA